AUGGAAAAAUACAAUGAUUGGAAUUUAAAUCCUUCGUUACGGGAGCUCAGAUUGAAUGUCAGCAAGGCCGAGAAAUCAACCAAGAUUCCCGCUUUCUCUUCCUCCUCCCUCCAAUCUUCUUUGAUAAAAUUCAAGCAGCCAAAGCCUCUGAGUUUACUUAGUUUAUGUCUCGGAGUUGUUGGAAGGCAUUUAGAGGACAUCAUAGAGGACUUGCCUGAGAUUUCCCCAACUUUGCCUUCCAAUAUUAAGAUGGUUAUAGCCGCAAUUGCAAGACGAAGAAAAUUGCUAAAUGAUGAUGCCAUUGUUUCAUUAGCUGAAAGUUCCUGGGAUAUGCUUGAUGUUUCGGGUUCAGAUAUCUCUGAUAGCGGUUUAUCGCAAUUGGUUAAGAUGUGCACAUCUGUUAGAGCCAUGGAUAUAAGUCAGUGCAGAAAACUUACACCUACUGGGGUUGCUGAGCUCCUUGAGAAUUGCAAUUCACUGGAAGUGUUGAGAUGGGGAGGGUGUCCAGCAAGUGAAGAAACUGCCCGUAGAUGCUCAAGGAUGUUGAAGCCUAAUUUCCGUGACGUUGUGAGAGAAUCUUGGGAGGACCUGGAUAUUGAAAUUGCUCCUGUUGCGCAGUCACUUCGUUGGCUUGUGUGGCCAAAAAUUGACAAGGAUUCCCUUGAAAUCUUGUCCAUGGAGUGCCCUCGAAUUGUAGUCAAUCCAAAACUCUCACCUUUUGGGUACAGAGGGGUUGAAGUACCUAGAGAAGCUUUACCAAAUGUCGUGUUAGAUGAUCCAGUUGUAGACGAUAUAGAUCCAAAAACAUGGGCAGUUUCUGGAUUUGAAGCAAGGUCAAGAGUUCCGUUGACUAGUGGAUAUGAUGAACUGCCAUUAGCUGAAAAAUUUAGGCGUGCAUUUCUAGAGAGAGACACCCGGUUGGCGCCUAAGCGUGCAAAAAAUGAAAGGCAACACCAGAGGCGUGCAGAGGGAGAAUGGACAUUGACUAGUGGAUAUGAUGAACUGCCAUUAGCUGAAAAAUUUAGGCGUGCAUUUCUAGAGAGAGACACCCGGUUGGCGCCUAAGCGUGCAAAAAAUGCAAGGCAACACCAGAGGCGUGCAGCGAGAGAAUGGGUAAGUAUGAGUUCCAGAGCUAAAUCCAUGGCACUUGCCUCUCAGGUUACCAAGUCAAUGUAUCACUGA